GCGGCGCGGGUGCGCCACAGCCGUCACUCCCUGGCCGGGUCGACUCGCCGCCGCUGAGUCCGGUGGUCAUGGCCGACUGGGAGGAAGAACCGCAGCCCUCCUGGAUCCCCCACGGCCGGCGCGAGGUCACCGCGGAAUGGGUCACCAGUCUGCUGGCCUCCCACCUGGGCGACGACAUCUGCGUCGAGAACUUCUGCGUGUCCGACAGUCCCUAUCCGUCCGAGCACAGCGAGCUCCUCCUGGUGGAUUUUGACUGCAGCUUUGGUUUGCCCAACGAGCGGGAGGUGUCACCACCAGCGAGCUCGCUUCUGGACGAGGGUCUCGUAUUUACGGCUUGCGUUGACGAUGCCGUGGCUUCUGCGAAAGAGCGGGCGGCCUCAGCAUCUGAUCCGGCUGUCUCGCAGAAGCCGUGCCCCUCGGCCCCUGUAGUGGCUGACGAUCCGGAGCCCUCAGCGAUCCAUGAACCGGACCAGCCCCCAGCGGUCCAGGAGCCCGACCACACUGUUAUACGGGAGCUGGAGUCGCUGGCGCUGCCGGAGGGCGCCGACACGCCGGGCGACGAGGAUAUCCAGCUGCUGGCGGUGGUUGAUGACGACUGCGAGGCGGCUGGUGGCGCGCGACGCUGCUCCUUCUACCUCUCCGAUUCGGAGGAGGGGGAGGAGGGGCUGCUGCCGGCGCUGGUGACGUACCCUGCCAGCGGCGGCCGUUCGCCCGCCGGUGCUGGCUCAUCCCCGACACCCGGCUCUCAAUCGGAUGCCGAGGAGCAGACGGCCGGCAAGCGCUUCACCUGGGCCGUGCAGCUGCCGCCGCGCAGUCCGUUCGGCGAACUGGUGAGCAGCUGUGGCCUGGCGCGGGAGCGACAGCUCACCUUCUUCUCACUGGUGAUGCCGCGACUGGACGGCCUAGCCGCGGCCAACUGCGUCUACUGCGAGACGGACGCGGGCAGCGCGCGCCGCUGGGUGCUCGUCACAGAAGACGCCCGCCGCCAGGGCUGGACGCCACUCGACCCGCGCCGCCCGCUCACCGCCGCCGCUGCCGCACCCGUCAUCGACGCGCUGGCGUCUAAUGCCGCCCUCUUCCUGCUGCUGAAGCGGCAGCUGGCGGAGUCCUGGGCGCCAUCUGACGGACGAGUUCCCGGCGCUGCGUCCGAGUGACCUGGAGCUGGGUCGU